UUAGAGACUUAUAGGAGACUGGAGUAGUAUUUAACACACAUGUUUAAAUGUUUCUGUUAAUUUUCAGGGGCCAAGUCAGGAAUAUGGCCACCUUAAAAGACAUUACCAGGCGUUUAAAGUCAAUCAAGAACAUUCAGAAAAUUACAAAGUCCAUGAAGAUGGUUGCUGCCGCAAAGUAUGCUAAAGCUGAGAGAGAUCUGAAGCCUGCUAGAGUGUAUGGAGUAGGAGCCUUGGCUCUCUAUGAGAAAGCAGAAAUCAAGGUCCCUGAAGACAAGAAGAAACACCUUAUUAUUGGUGUGUCCUCUGAUCGUGGGCUCUGUGGUGCUAUCCACACCUCUGUUGCUAAAGCUAUGAAAACUGAAAUUGGCACCCUUUCAGAUGCAGGGAAAGAUGUCAUGGUGGUUGGAGUGGGUGACAAGUUAAGAGGCCUGCUUCAGAGGACACACAGCAAGCAUUUCCUGGUGACAUUCAAAGAAGUAGGAAGAAAACCCCCUACUUUUGGAGAUGCUUCAAUGAUUGCCUCAGAGCUGCUAAACUCUGGAUAUGAAUUUGAUGAAGGAUCUGUUAUCUACAAUCGAUUCAGGUCUGUCAUUUCCUACAAGACAGAUGAAAAACCUUUCUACUCUCUUGAUGCUGUUGCUGGUGCUGAAAGCAUUAGUAUCUAUGAUGAUAUUGAUGCUGAUGUGCUGAGAAACUACCAGGAGUUUACAUUAGCAAACAUCCUCUUCUACUCUCUGAAGGAAUCCACCACCAGUGAGCAGAGUGCCAGAAUGACUGCUAUGGACAACGCCAGCAAAAAUGCUUCUGAGAUUAUUGACAAAUUGACCUUGACGUUCAACCGUACCCGUCAAGCCGUCAUCACCAAGGAGCUUAUUGAGAUCAUUUCUGGUGCUGCUGCUCUGGGAUAAUCGGAAAGCAAGUUUCAGCCAAAGCUAAGAGGUGAAGAAAAAAGGAGCUAUUCUAGAGAGUUGGUUUAACCUGCUUAUAUCCAUAUUGACAAAGCUGUUGGUCCAUCAUUCUGUGAAGAAUUCAUGGGGAAAACCCAAAAUAUUUGUAAAUUAUCUUACAAUAAACCACUUACAUGAAACAGA